GGGUAGCACGUACCAUAGCAGUACCCCAUGGACUCUUAAUAUUGGGAAGUCUGGAAUCUCCCAACAUUUUGAGAGACUUUGGGUUGGGAUGGCCUAGUCCUAAGCCUCCACACCGCACUCUUCACUCUCGCUACUUGCUAGUGUUAGUGUAUAGAGUGUAUUCCCAUACCAUACCCAUACCCAUGAUAGUACAAACACAAACACAACUCAAAACCCCGUAACCGCUAAUUAACGUCCUUAUAUAUCUCAUCUGCUUUUUUUUGGCGGCACCAAAACCGCUUCUUCCCACUCUCUCCCAUCCAUACUCUCCACUAAACCUCCCCAAACCAAAUCUCUCUCUCUAUAUUUCUUACUAUUUAGCAGUUGCAUAUUCUAAGACAAAUUAAAGUAAACUUUGAGACGUUUUAAUGGAGAGUUCUGGCACCUUCUUUUCCUUGUCUAGCCUCUUGUGUGAUGAAGUAGGAGAAGCUGGCUUCUUUGAAGACCCAGAUGAGAACCCUGGCAUUUUUUACUCUCUUGAUAACCCAUGUUUCGUUUUGGAGGAUGAAGAGCUAUAUAUUGAAUAUUUGUUCAAACAAGAAACGGGAUUUGGAUCCCAGAAUCAUCACUUGUUUGCCUCUGAUGAUCAUUCUAACAGCAGACACUGGUUACGAAGUGCCCGUGUUGAUGCCAUUGACUGGAUUUUCGAUACACAAGCGAAAUUUGGGUUCAAAGUUGAGACAGCCUAUUUAUCAGUGACUUAUUUUGAUCGGUUUCUAUCAGAGCGUUCCAUCGAUGAAUCCAAACCUUGGGCUAUUCGGUUAUUAUCCGUGGCAUGUUUAUCUCUAGCAGCAAAGAUGGAAGAGCAAAAUGUGCCUCCUCUAUCUGAGUAUCCAAUAGAAGAUUAUCGCUUUGAGAAUAAAGUAAUUAAGAACAUGGAACUGAUGAUUUUGAGUACCUUGGAUUGGAAAAUGGGAUCAGCAACUCCUUUUGCCUAUUUGCAUUACUUUGUCGGCAAGUUCUGCCCUGGAUCCAGACCACAAUCAAUAAUCACUAAAGCCAUUGAACAUAUUGUGGCCAUGAUCAAAGAUGUUAAUUUGAUGGAUCAAAGACCAUCUAUAAUUGCCUCGGCAGCCAUAUUGGCAGCUCUUGAUGCUACAUUAACAAGAAAAGCAAUGGAUCUUCGUAUAAGUGUAAUCUCAUCGUGGGGAAAUCUAGAAAGUGGACAUGUGUUUUUCUGUUACAAUCUAAUACAGGAAAAGAGGAAAAGCAAAGUUAAGACACCUUGCUCGAAUUUAAUGUCUACCAAGUCGAGCUCCACGUGUGUUCUUGAGAACCAAUCUGACACUUUUUCGGGAGCUAAGAGAAAACUUAGUUUUGAGGACAGUGAAAAUUGUGCGGGACAAAAGCUACAUCGGCCUUAGUUGUUUGCUGCACCUUGCAGAGAGUUUGUGAUCUUAAAUGAUCAAUACAGGGAAAACUGAUUGGUGUUUACUGAUUGGAUUAUAGGAUAUUUUUUCUUUCCACUGAAAAAUUUAUUAUUCUUGUUAGUUAUAGGGCUAACGAGUGUCAUCCACCAUUUUUGUGGAAUGAUUCGGUAUUGAUGAUUGGGGUUUUAUUUUCCGGUACCCAACAAAAAGUUUCAGCGAGUGACAACAAAGAAGAUAGAGAAGAAAGAAAAAAAAAGGAAGAGUAAAUAAAUAAAAUAAAAAGUGGUAAGCUUUACCCUACAGUAAGUUUGAAGAAGCUGAAUGAGAAAAUCCACAAGUCAUUAAGGCGGUGAAAUGAAAAAAAUGAGUGAAAGCCAGAAAGCUAUGUUGAGGACUAUUUGUCCAUAGUGAGUUUGGGCAGUGUUUGCUUUCUUGCUCUGUUCCUAUUACAUUACUACUUUUUUUUUCAGCUCCAUUUUUUCUUUUUUUCUUUAUUUCUUUAUCCCUUUUAUUUUUGUGAGGGGAAUUAUGUUUUUAUUUAUUUAUUUAUGUAUACGAUGAUGUCAAUAGCAACCCUACCCUAUGAUAGGGAGCUUGGGAUGCUUUCUAUGUCUUGAGAAGGCUGAAAGCCGUGGAGAAUGGGGAAUUGGUUUUGUUUGAUUU